GCCUCAGACUAAGGACACCUGUCAGAGUGCGGGGAUUGUAUUCUGCUCACUGCCUUCUCUUCUCCUGUCUUCAUUCUUUACCCACUUCCUAAACAGUGAUUUAAAAAGUUUUAAGCUUCACAAAAGAAAGAAAGAGAGAGAGAGAGUGUGACAAGAGGAAAGAACAAGUCCUUAUGUUUGACUUUGGCUACUUGCCUUCACUGUGGAAGUUUUAAGACACACUUCAGGGAAGAGGCAGUGAAGUGUGAAACCUUUCUUGUGGAUCUGUACACCCAGCAAGGAUAAAUCUCUGUCUCUUUCUCUGUCUGCUUGCUGCCUGAAUGCUUUAUCUCUAAGAGUUUGCUGUCAAUGGACUGUAACUUGGCUGUAUCCUGAAACUUUAUGUGGAGUUUGUUGCUGGGUUGUCCCUAUAAAAGCUGGCAGCUGUAUUAAGCCGCUUCUGCUAGAAGACCCUACGGUUCUAGAAGAGCCCGAAAAUGGAGUAGCAACAAAUCCCUCUGAGGUCCAGCAAGAUCCACCCACUUACCAUGGCAACCAGCAUACCUGUACAGAUGCUUAGCAUAGCUUUGUUCUUGUGUGGAAUCUACAGCCACAGGCAGUCAGUCCCCAGAGUAUACCUCACUCUGAAAGGCCUGAUGGAAACUCGGACGUCUCGACCCUUCAACUUUGCUUUCAAUACAAGCGACUACAGAAUCCUACUCAUGGACCAGGACCAAGACCGCCUGUAUGUGGGAACACGAGAAUAUGUGGUGGCACUUGAUCUGCAGAAUAUCAACAAAGAACCACUCAUUAUUCACUGGCCAGCAUCUCAUCGUAGACAGAAUGAAUGCAGAAUGGCAGGAAAAGGACGUUAUGGUGAAUGUGCUAAUUAUAUCUGCCUGAUUGAACCAUGGAACCGGACUCACCUGUAUGUGUGUGGCACUGGAGCCUACAGUCCUGUGUGCACCUUCAUUAACAGAGGCUGGCGGUCUGAGGAGUACCUCUUUCAUCUGGUGCCUGGAAAAGUUGAGUCAGGGAAAGGAAAAUGUCCUUAUGACCCCAAGCAGGAGAACAUGGCUGCUCUUGUCAAUGGGAACCUGUAUGCAGGGAUGCAUGUUGACUUCAUGGGCACAGAUGCGGCGUUAUUCCGGACCCUGGGGAACAGGCCUGCUGUUAGAACAGAGCAGCAUGACUCAAGAUGGCUCAAUGAUCCUGUCUUCCUCCAUGCUCGAAUGAUUCCUGAUGGCUUUGAAAGAAAUGAUGACAAACUAUACUUCUUCUUUCGGGAGAAAUCCUUGGAUAGCAGCAGUGGUCAUACAAUCUACUCCAGAAUAGGUCGAGUUUGUCUGAAUGAUGAUGGAGGGCAGAGAUCCUUAGUUAAUAAGUGGUCCACUUUCCUGAAGGCACGGCUUAUUUGCUCUGUUCCUGGAGAUGAUGGAGUAGAGACAUACUUUGAUGAACUUCGGGAUGUUUUUAUCCAGCCAGCCCAAGAUGAGAAGAAUCCUGUUAUUUAUGCUGUCUUCUCAACAUCGGGUUCUGUGUUCAAGGGAUCUGCUGUGUGUGUUUACUCCAUGGCUGACAUCCGAACUGUCUUCAAUGGGCCCUUCGCCCAUAAAGAGGGACACAACUACCAGUGGACACCAUAUGCAGGGAAAAUGCCAUACCCCCGGCCAGGAACAUGUCCAGGAGGAACAUUUACUCCAGGAAUUCGAACCACAAAAGACUUUUCAGAUGAAGUAGUUAACUUCAUCCGCACACAUCCAUUGAUGUAUAACUCAGUUUAUCCUAUAAAUAGGCGUCCCUUAGUGGUACGGACGAAUGUGGACUACAAGUUUACUACAAUAGCAGUCGAUUUAGUAGAUGCUGUUGAUGGACGCUAUGAGGUGCUUUUUCUUGGAACAGAUCAUGGCACAGUCCAAAAGGUAAUAGUUCUCCCUAAGAGUGACAAAGAACUGGAAGAACUAACUCUAGAAGAGGUGGCAGUAUUCAAGUCUCCAGUGGCAGUGAAAACCAUGAAGAUUUCAUCCAAAAGGCAACAACUGUAUGUCUCGUCUGAUAUUGGUGUUACUCAGCUGACCUUGCAUCGCUGCAGUGUUUAUGGGAAAGCCUGCGCUGACUGUUGCCUGGCACGAGAUCCAUACUGUGCAUGGGACGGGGAAUCUUGUUCAAGUUACACACCAACUUCAAAGAGACGAAGCAGAAGACAGGAUAUCAAGCAUGGAGACCCUCUACGACAAUGCAGAGGAUAUAAUGCCAAAGUUGAAAAGAGGCUGAAAGAGACUGAACAGUAUGGUGUGGAAGGUAGCACAGUGUUCCUUGAGUGCCAGCCACGCUCCCCACAGGCCUCUGUAAAAUGGCUGAUACAGAAGCAUAGUUCAUCUCGCAGAAAAAUGGUAAAACGUGAGAACCCCGUCUUGAAGACUGGACAUGGAAUUCUGUUGAAGUCAGUAGAUAAAGAAGACAGUGGUAUCUAUCAUUGUGUUUCCACCGAAAACAACUUUAAGCAUACAGUGGCACGAGUGAACCUCCGCAUUUUAGAUCGAGAGGUUGUUGAUGCUGUAUCUGGAGAUUUAGCUUUCCCAGCAAACUCUCAGUCAGACAAAGAGCUUUAUGGGUGGACUUCUAUUUCACAGCAGAAGGAUCUACUCCAUCUGAUUGGCCAGCCAGAAAUUCAGGUCAUCAACCAGUAUUGUGAGAAUUACUGGCAACAACUGAACAGGGCACACCGUCCAAAAAGAACAAGUGAUGCCUCAUCGGAUUUGCUUAAAUCCCUGCGAACAAACUAGACAGAGGAAAAGGAAGCCCUAUAGACCAAUAGAAGACCAAUAUGGGGACAUAAUCAUGGGGUGGGGAGAGCUUGUCAGGGUCUAGAAGGGUCAAUGGUCAGAGAUUAUAUAAAGCUGAUCACAUCUUAUGGGCUUAACAUGGGGCAGAAUUUCUCUAGCACUGAUCAUUGCUUAGUAUAUCCAGGGAUUUUGACCCUUCUCACCCAUUACUGCUGUGUGUUUUUUUUUUUUUGUAUUUUUGUGGAGGACAAUGCAGCUUGUGUAAGACAAUGCUCUCUGAUGGUGCUGCUAACCUCCAGAGUAUACAGUAAAGUUUCAUUUACACUUCAGUAUUGCAAACCAUGCUAAAAAUAUACUUGCUUUACCAUGUGCCUAGCCCCUUGAUGAAUUACCUAAUCAGUUGUGUUUCCCUUUGUCCCUUCUUGUAACAUGGUAAAUCCAGUAAGACUAUCGUUAUGGUAAGACUGUUGCUUUGCACCAUCUUAAGCACACCAAAGGACCUUAUCUACCCUGUGUCAGAUUCCCCAGUAGUGUGAUAACAUUCCACCUAGAAUGAAACAUUCAACAUGCAUCCCUUCUCAUAAAGAAAGUUACUUUGUUUUGUUUGUGUACAACAAAUUCCAUUCAUGUGGAUUUAUAUUUAGAUGCAACAUGGACUGUAACUAUAAGGUAUGAUAGGGCUGUAUGCAAUAGAUUUUGUUCCUUCAGGUACACACUUUCAAGCUGCAUCAUCCCAGAUGGCACCAAGGAGAAGACUGUUUAGGCAUGUGCACAUGUGUGACUGUGUGAGCAUGUAUAUACUAUAUUAUUUUUCGUGUAUAACUCAUCCUGGUGUUUCUUUUCUCCCAACUUCUGGUAACUUUAGACCAUGCUAUUUGAUCCUUCCAUUUGCCCUGAUUUCCCAUGCUAGUGGCAAUACCCUUACAUAACCCUUCCUUGGGAUCAUCUUCCUCUAAAGGAAGCCCUUAUCCUGAGUGGGGAUUUAUAACAGUGCCCCACAGAGCAGGGGUACAGGCCAGACUGCUGCUGUCAUACUACAAUGAGUUGAGGAGUUUUCUUUAGUAUUUUAUUUUAUUUAUUUUUAUUUUACAUUUGUUAACCGGGGGUGUCUGACUGAGCCGAAAAGGCCCUUUUUCAGCAGAGG